CAUCCUCAGUGUCUAGACUUCAAACCUCCGUUUGACGCUAAAGAACACGUCCAGUUUUGCCCACAGUAUGGGGAAUUCGGCUGUUGCACUUCUGUCGAGGACGCAUCGCUUAUGAAUCUGUACAUGCGAAUAUCCGGGCACCUGAUCAGUCGGAACCUUUGGCACUGUAGUGCAUAUAUCCACCAUCUUAUAUGUCAACCUUGUUCACCCUAUGCUGCUCAUAUAUACGAUGCCGAGGCUACCGGACGCAGCCGGCCUUUUCCUGGACUUUGCGAGAACUAUUGCAGGACAGUGUUUCGGCAAUGUCACGAAGCCUUGUACCUGUUUAUUCUAUUUACAAACAGCCCAUCUUCUCUCAUAGAGAACCUGUCAUCGGAAGAUGCGUUUUGUUCGGCGGUUGCCCUGACGGAUGUGGACUAUUGCUACCCAGACUUGUUAACUAACCCCAUACUGAACGGUAACAUCCAGAUGUCCACCGUAAACUCUGAAGGUUGUCUCUGUGUAGAGGAUUUCGCCUCUAACCUCCGUAACCCAGUUUUCAUGAGAUACCCGGAAGAUGGCAGCAGGCGGUUCUUCGUUGGCGAACAAUACGGUGUGAUUUACAUUUACUACGAGGAUAAAUCUUGGCUGCCCAAUCCGUUCCUGAACAUCUCGUCGGUGGUAGAGGUCGGUAGAGCGCGGGGUGACGAACGGGGAAUGUUGGGCAUAGCGUUCCAUCCACAGUACAGAUACAACAAACGCUCUUUCUUGUAUUAUUUUACAGGUGUUAAUGGAGGAACAGUGCGUAUAAGUGAAUUCAGAGAAUCUCAGUGGAAUCCCAAUGUAGCGGAUAUGCAGUCCGAGCGAAUUAUGUUGGAAAUUCCCCAGCCAUAUGAUAAUCACAAUGGCGGCGAGAUUUUAUUCGGGGACGACGGUUACCUGUACUUGUUUGUGGGCGAUGGGGGUGCCGCUGGAGAUCCGGAGAAUAAUUCACAAAAUUUGACAACCUUACUGGGUAAAGUUCUCCGGAUUGACGUCGAUUCCUUGGAACAGCCGUAUGGCAUCCCACCGGACAAUCCGUUCUUAGGAAAUCCGGAGGCAAGGCCGGAGAUAUACGCGUACGGUGUCCGGAAUAUCUGGAGAUGCGGGAAGGACAGGGGGGAUCCUGUCACGGGCCACGGAAGGGGGCGUAUCGUUUGUGGUGACGUCGGCCAAUCAGCGUUCGAAGAAAUACACAUACUGAAGAAAGGUGCGAACUACGGCUGGAGAGCGCGGGAAGGGUAUGCCUGUUAUGACGAUGAUAUGUGUGGUAAUAUAGGCCCAGAAGAGUUACCUAUACAUACCUACCCUCACAGUGUUGGAAAGUCCGUGACCGGAGGGCAUUUCUAUCGUGGAUGUGACAGCCCCAACCUUAAUGGGUUUUAUAUCUAUGGGGAUUACUUCUUAGGGAAAGUAUUUCGCCUUGUUGAGAACACAGGGACGGGGGAGUGGGAGAACCGACAAAUCGACAUGUGUGGCCCAGAGUAUUGUAACAACGGGCUUCAUUCCCAAUAUUCUCAUUGGAUUUUGUCGUUUGCUGAGGAUAGGAGAGGGGAGGUCUACAUGCUGGCUUCAGCAUCAUCUCGAUCAUACCUAGCCGACGGAACUAUCUACAAAAUAGUCGAUCCCCGCAGACGGAACAAUCCACUGAUGUGCCACCAAGACGCAAGAACAGGCAUGUCUGUUAGCAAUCUCCAAAUGAACGAACCCGUUAUCAUUCCUAGCGCACCAGCGAAAACACUAACGAAAUCCCCGAAUGAAAAAGAUACCAGUGGAAAGCCAUGUUUGAGAAAAGCUUGGAAAGUCGUGAUUUCGUGUGUCUUUUUAUGCGCUAUGUUAUUGUGAUUUCUUCUGGCGUUUCCUGUGAUGAGGCACCUGAUGCAGGUGCCUGAUGACGAAUGUGGAAACAUACCAUUUCAUGGUCUGUGAGGUCAACAGUAGUAGUGAAAUAUUGUCCGAACAAAAGCACUGCGGUUAGUGUUGCAUCUUAACAGAGUAGCCAAAGUGUGGCACAGCACACGAUAUGAAGACCUUGUUGUGUAAAGUUAGACUUAUGGAAGAUAACCACAAUAAUGCUGUACAUGUUCGCUGUGCUUUCAAAGACACUUAAACCGAUUUGUUGAGCCGCUCCAUGCGGGACUAUAUACAAUGUAGGAGUACUCCUAAAAUGUGUGCAUAUUGACCUCUGAAGCGGAUUUUCUUGGCGGAGACCACUCAUCUGGUCUAAGAGGAUGGACAUGCAUCAUUGGUGAAGUGCCUUUGCAGAACUAUCUUUAGCCUUCUCCUUUCUUCCCAGCUUAGGAUUUACGCUGAUGGUUAAAUAUGUGUGAGAGGAACAACUGAUGAAAUACACAGUUUGGAUUUUAAAUAUG